AUGAGCCAGGUCGCCCGGCUGGACGACCCCCGGGUCCGGCCCCCGAGGCCCCCGAGGCCCUUCACCAUCGACAGCAUCCUGAGGCCCGACCCCGGGGGGCCCCGCCGGAGGACGGCCCCGACCCCCAGCCGCCAGCCCCCCAUCCCGAGGGGCCGGCACCGGGACCAGGACGGCCGGGACCAGGAAAGCCGGGACCAGGAGCAGAAGAGACCGGAUGGGGUCUCAGGAGCGAAGGGUAGAGAUGACCAGGACCCUGGCGGAGGGCCAGAGGUCCCCCCGGGACGAUUGCCCCGGCCGGGGGUCUGCAGCCCGGACCCCUCGAUGCGGCCCGGGGUCGCCCCCCCGGGCAGAGCGGCGUCCGGCAAGAAGAAGACGCGGACCAUCUUCUCCAAAAGCCAGGUCUUCCAGCUGGAAUCGACCUUCGACGCCAAGCGGUACUUAAGUAGCUCGGAGCGCGCCGGGCUGGCCGCCUCCCUGCAGCUCACCGAGACCCAGGUGAAGAUCUGGUUCCAGAACCGUCGCAACAAACUGAAGAGGCAGCUGGGCUCCGAGCCCGACGGCGCCCCCGGGACCCAGCCCGCCGGGAUCCCGGCGGCCUCCCUCUCCCUGCCCGGCCUCUCCAAGGACUCGGCUUUCUUCAGCCGCUGCCUGUUGCCCGUCUCCCUGCCUCUCGUCUACCCCGGGAGCACCGUCCCCUACCUCUGUUUCCCCACUCCCGGAAAAUACUUCAGCCUGGUAGAUGGAGAUGUAUAA